UGCCUGAUGGUAAUGUGACUUACAAACGUGUGUACAGCCACCCAGUGGUCUGGCAGACGAAUGAGAAGAAACUUUCUAACUUACAUGUUUCCAGUGAAGGCACCAUUGAAGACGCAAGAGGAUUUUUGCAGGCUGAUUUUGCAAACAAGUUUGUUGGUGGAGGUGUGUUGACUGCUGGACUUGUUCAGGAAGAGAUUCGCUUUGUGCUGUGCCCUGAAAUGAUCGUGUCACGUUUGUUUACAGAAGUAUUAGCAAGCGAUGAGGUUCUAGUCAUGAUAGGUUGUGAACGCUUCAACAGUUACUCUGGAUAUUCUGACACAUUUAAGUUCACGGGGAACUAUUUCGACAACACAGAAAGGGAUCAUAUGGGGAGGAGAUUCACAGAAGUUGUGGCCAUGGAUGCAGCUGUCUUUCGGGAAAAUUACUAUCAUCAGUUUGAACUGCAUCAUGUACAAAGGGAACUUAACAAGGCAUACAUUGCAUUCGAGUCAAAAGGUACCAGAAACAAGCCAGCUGUUUGUACUGGCAACUGGGGAUGUGGAGCCUUCGGAGGAGACAAGCAGCUCAAGGCUCUAAUCCAGUUGAUGGCAGCCAGUGUAGCCAACCGGGACAUCUGCUACUUGACCUUUGGUGACACUGAACUUUGUCUGCAAAUUGGCCAUAUCUAUGACAUUCUGAAGGCCAGAGAUAUCUGCAUCAAAGACAUCAUGAAAAUCCUGAAAGAAUACAGCCACAGCAACACAAGUGAUCUUUUGUUCACAUUCAUAGAAAAGAAACUUGCUGAGAAAUGCUGA